AUGCAGAUCGUUCUUCAAAAGCCAAACCUUGAGAAAAUCAUGGAGAACUUCAUUUUGGCCCAAACUCAGCAAAACGAAGAGUUCCUAAACCAAGAUAUUCAUGCCACACCUAGAGGGCAAUUUCCUGGAAAACCUCAACCCAACCCCCGAGGGCAAGCUAACGAUGUUACCCUACGAAGUGGAACCACUUAUGACGGACCUGUAAAACCAGCCUUGAGUGGAUCAGAGGCUUCUAAGAGAAACUUUGUGUCUACAGAUGAAGUAGAGGAACUAGAGGGACAAAAAGACCAGGAAGUGAAAGAUAAGGGAGAAGAUAAAGAUAAAGUGAUCAAGAAACUCCGCGUAGAAAUCACAUUCACCGAAGCCAUCAAUCAGAUACUAUCUUAUGCUAAAUUUCUGAAAAACAUCUUGACCAACAAACAUAGGCUUGAUGAUCCCAAACCUUUAGAGUGCAACUCCAUUGCUGAGAAUAAACUUGCUAAAAAGGAGAAAGAUCCCGAAAGCUUUUCCAUACCUUGUAUUUUAGGGAAUCGUGUUAUAGACAAAGCAUUCCUAGACUUGAGAGCAAGCGUAAGCUUAAAGCCUUUAGCAGUUUGUAGAAGGUUAAACCUAGGAGAAUUGCAACCGACUAAGAUGUCUCUUCAAUUAGCCGAUAAAUAUGUAAAAUAUCCAAUAGGCAUAUUAGAAUACAUUCCAAUUAGAACCGGUCAACUUUAUAUCCCAACAGAUUUUAUGGUAAUGGACAUUAAAUAA